AAUAUAACUUGUAUAAGGGCAGGUACCUGUAUACACCCAGGUGAGAGAGCCCGUGUCCCUCCCUCAUCAGCUGUCGCAUGUGACACGGGUGGGGGAAGGCCACGUCUGUCUGCAGCAGGAAAUAACCGACUGAGCUCGCUGUAUUGGGAAGGAAACCUUACAGGAGAGUGGGAGUCCGACAACCGACACCACGAGAGAAUAGGGCUCCGACAGCCCAGGCAGGACCUUGUGACCAUGUGUGACUCUUUGGCCAGUGAGCAUGACUGUCUGACGGACGAAGAGGAAGACUUCAUGGCAGGAGGAGACUUAGGAGAAGGCUUUGGGAGAAAACCUGGGGGUCUCUAUGAGGAUUUUGAAGCUGAAGGGACUGUGGCAAAAACAUUCAAACUGAGAAAAGGAUCUGAUUCUCAGGGUCAAUAUCAUCUUGUUAGGAAGGGAGAAGAUGUUUCCACCACAAGAAACCAUGUUCAGAAGCGUGGUGUUCCCGAGGACAGAAGUGCUAUCAAGCCUGGCACAGAGGCCUACACACGGUGCAGACAGAACAGCAUUGAUGCAAGCUCAGAGAUCUCAAAUGAAGAUCUGCGGCAGCGUCUUCAAGACUUAACUGAGGAAUUAGAACUCCUAACAGUGGAACUUCAGGCUUCCCAAAGACAACUUGAUGGAAAAGAUGAAGCACUGAAGAUCCUGCAGAGCAUGGCUGUGUUUAAUAAAGCGACAAGUCACACCAAGGUAACGCUGCAGAAAGCGGUGGACCAGCGGAAAGCCCUAGAAAAGGAGAUCAAUGUUCUGCAGUGGGAAAUUGAGUUUGAUCAGGUGAGGCUGAAAAACCUGGAGGAGUCCUGGCGGGAGAAGUAUGAACGAACACAGUGUGAAAAUGUAGCAUUGAAGGAAAGUCUAGAGUUACGGACACAUGAAGUGAAGGCUCUCAAGUCUGAGAACGCAAUGGUGAAUCAGCAGUGCCAGGAACUGCUUGCAAUGCUCGAUGUCAAGCAGCAGAAAAUGUUCCAGGACAGUCUGUUACUUCAUGAGAACUGUCUGUCAGAAGUAACUGCACUUGAACUUGCGGUGCUUGGGACUUGUACAUGUAGGACUGGAGGAGAACCCUGUUCCUGUGCAAAGAUGUCAGCUGCUGCUCGCAAACAGCUGCUGCAGUUGCGGCAAGAGUUUGAAGUGGAGAAAAAGAGUAAGGAAGAAGCCUAUGUGAUGGCAGACGCGUUUCGCAUUGCAUUUGAGCAGCAGUUGAAGCGCAGGAAUGACCAGACAUUACCUCUAAACAACAUAGAGAAGCUCUGCAAGAAAGGGAGCAAACGCUUAAACAGUUGGAAACUUCUUAAAGAGGAUGGGCAACUUUCCUUAAGGGAUAAACACAAAACUUUGGGCCAGAAAUUAAAGGGCAUGCUGUUAUCAUCAGCUGACAGUACGAACUUAGAUGCCAUUGAUGAUCCACAAGAGAUUCUCAGAGUGUUAAUAGAUAUGCUGAAUGACAAAGAGGAGGCUUUGGCUCAUCAAAGGAAGGUAAGCUACAUGCUUGCACGGACCAUAGAAGACAAGGUGGAACCCUCCAGAGCAGAUGGGAGAAGUCAUUCUGGGACAGAAUCUCCUGUGAUUGGGAAUCAGCACAACUUUUCCGAGACCAGACAAACUGUCUCCUGCCCCUCCCUAACAAACACUCCCAUAGAGGACAACAUUACUCCACAGCAAGGGUCACUUAGGGUUAUUGAAUCCUCCUUUUCUUUGCUGCUUAAGGAUGUAUAUCCUCAAAAUGAAAAUGCAAAAAGGACGACUACACACCCAGGGACUCACCCCGAGGAUGCAGAAGAGCAUCAGACAUGAUGUUUAAAAUAUGUAUAAUUAUAUGUUUUAUAGUGGUUACUAAUAUUUAGAAUUUUAAAUAUAAAACUUUUGAACUAUUGCCUGGUGAAGACAAGAUCGAUUGAAAACUCAAAGGGACUUUCAUCAUUUAACAGGCCAGUAUGAAACCUCUGGUACAUUUUAUGUUACAAAAUUUUAAUUCAUAAACAUUGUUUUACAGAC